GUUCGACGCGGACGUUUUUUUUUUGGUGCGUUUGUUGUAGAUGUGGUGUGGAUCUUUUUGUAUUGCUUCCGAAGCGCCAUCUAUAAGUCAGUUAUAUCGGUUGUCUGUUUUGGGGCUGUGAGUGAGUGAUUCGAAUGUGCCGAUUAGCUCGAUCGAACCGUCAGUCGUUGGUUGACCACCGUCGGAUUAAGUCGUUCGUAGAGUUUUCAGAUAACGGACAAAUUGGAGCAACAUUGGUUCAGUGAUUAAAGUAGUGAUAAGUAGGAAGCACUGAAGUGGAGAAAAGAGGAUCAGUGAGAAAAUUUGGUUCGACAUUGGAAGGCCGCCGAAGAGGAUUCGAUUACCGAUCGAACAGGAUCAGGUAUUUUGCGGCCGCGCGGUUAUCGAGCUCCGGACCGGAAGUAUGGAGUGUCAUAAGGAGCCACAGUGUUCAGGUUCCAGUGUGAAUUCGAGACGGUGAGAAAAGAUUCAGUGCGGUUACUCUGGACAACUUCGAGUACAGAAGAAAAAACAGGUGCGAUGUUGAUUCAGUGCAAGAAGUGAAUUGGAAGAAAAAAUUCAAAUCAUCGACGGAAGAAAUAGGAUCUGAAACCAGAAGCGGGAGCGGUGAAAGGUGUGAUUAGAAAUGCAACGGAUUUUAACCGCUCGCAACACGGGCUUGUGGGCAGUAUUGAUCCUGACGUUAGUUUCCGAGUGCUGGACGGGACACGUGGCGCCAACUUUGACAGAGGUAGAACUCGAGGACGACUACCUGGUCGCCACUAACGAACUGGAGCAGCAGUGUAUUCAUCGCUGUCCCGAUCAGAACCGAACCGGCUUCAAUGAGCACAUCGACGUCAGCUGCGGCAGUGAUUGCUACCUCACGCAGUGCGCUGUCGGUUGUCGCCUGUGGGAGCUAGGACUGGAAUCUUCCUGCCAAAAUGUUUGCAACAAAACCGAUCAGGAGUUGCUGGAGCCCAAAGAACUGUACUGUGUGAUGGGUUGCAACGAUGCUCUCAAUCGGUACUUCAGGUGGCUCAAAACCGAAAUCGGUACACCGUCGGCUCCGGCUCUGGUGGCCGACAGUCUCACGGCCACAUCACUCUCCCUGGAGUGGGAAGUACCGGAGCGAUUGGUGCAGCUGUCGCAGCACAAGAGCCAUGGUCCACGCAGUUACCUAGUCCAGUGGCGCUACGAGGAAGUUGCCGGGGAUUGGAAGUUCUGUCGAAACCAGAGUAUGGGCGAUAAUUCCACGAUACGAGUGGAUAAUCUUCAACCAUACACCAAAUAUCGGUUUCGCGUAGCUCUGCUACUGUCACCACGGCACGACGAAGUACUCAUCUCGGAGCAGAGUGUCAUCAUUCUUACCUUGGCCCAAGGUCCACCGAUAUCCGAACCGAAAAUUGUACGCGCCGUUGCGGUAGAUCAUUCACGAAUAUCCAUCUCAUGGGAACCUGGUCCGUUCCCGAACGGUCCCGUCCUGUCAUACGUGCUACAGAUCAAAGAUCUCGACCCCAUAGGCUACAGUGCCCUCAAGGAUAUCCCGGAGUCCAAUUCCUCCCGGUAUUACAUCUUCGAGAAGCUAACCGCCGAACGGAACUACUCCGUUUCGGUAACGAUGCGCAACCCGGAAGGAGAAGGUCCACCUUCGGUGACCUACGUGCAAACUCCCACUCAACCACUGGAUCUGGAGGAGGACAUUCAACCGACGCUUAUCCUCGGUGCGGAACACUCCGUGCUUUCGCAAGGAUCGGAUCUCCUUUCGGACCCCCCGACUAACUUCUAUCGUAGUCCCAACCACAGAAUUCGGGGAACGGCUAUUCAUAUCCGAAAAAGUCUAAUCUUCGUUUCCGAUGAAGCCGGGUUCGUCUACAAGGCUCCUUUACGAUCGGGAGCGGAAAAAGGUCGUAUUGCCAUCUUGACUCCGGAGGCUGGCCAUAACUUCAGACCGACCUUGUUGUCCGUGGAUUGGCUGAACGACCAUUUGUACAUAUUGGGACAAGCCAAAACAACUGGGUUGUGGCAGAUUUCUCGAUGCGAUUUCAGUGGCGAUCGUAUGACAGUUGCUAUUGCCGGUCUACAGCGGCAACCGGAACACUUCGAAGUAGACCCCUUCAAUGGAUAUCUGUUCUGGGUGAUUAGCAGUCGCACUCCGGAUGCCGGGCUCUUUCGGCUUGAUCUCGGUGAUAUUUCCAAUGGCGUAAAGCACGAGAUAAAACCAUUGCAAUUAAACAAUCACCACAACCUGGGAGCGUUCUCCAUCGAUCACACUAGCUUUCGGGUGUUGGUUCCCGACCAGGACGCCAACACGGUCCUAGCCGUCUCGUUGGAUGGGAAAACGACCGAAAAUAUUCGUAGCAAUACGCAACGGCCUCGAUUCGAAAAGGUCAACUCCAUUGCCUUAGCCAAUGGUUUGUUCUACUGGACCAACGGCAAGGAAGUCCUCGCCGAAGACUAUCACCGAAGGCAGGAUAGCUACUACCAUAAUGCGUUUCCGAUCGCCUCCAACAACACCUAUUUCAGCAUAUGCGUGAACCUUUCGUCAGCUCAGCCAGUGCCGAUACCGGUUAAUCCACCGAGAAACGUUCAGGCCUUGCUGACUAAUAAUAAAAUCAAAAUCUUCUGGAACGAACCGCACCUACUGGGAAUUAAAGGCAAAGGCGCUUGGCAGGAGUGGAUAUACGAGUUGGCAUUGAGUGAGGAAAACAGUGGAACUGUACUGACAUUUCCGGAAAUUAGCGGCACAUCGUUUACCUCGAUAGAUGGAGAGCUGCUAGCACCUGGUAAACAGUACGUAAUAAAGGCCGCUGCCUAUACCAAUGCGGGCCGUGGGCCAUGGAGUACGGAGUUCCACGCGCGCACCCUGAAGGACGCUCACGAACGGCAUUUGCUCUGGUCCGGCAGUGAAGGGAUCAUGCGAAGCGAUGUCAUUGGCGACAGUGUCGAGAUGUUGAUAUCCCGAACAGACCUGGAAGACGGAGUGGUCACGGAUAUUACCUGGUUCGAAAGUGUCCUGUAUGUGGUUAGCAAUUCGACACUGAUGUUUUACAAUCAGAGCGAAGGACAGAUCAGCAAGCUGCGGGAGCUGGAAUCGGUGGAGUGUGUGACGGUCGACUGGAUCGGACGAAGGUUGUAUUUCUACAAUCCCUCGCAACAGAUGAUCAUGAGGAGCAGCCUGCACGGGGAACAGCACGAACCGAUCCAUAACGUGAAGAACGUUCGGGAGAUCAAGUUCGAUGCCCUACGUGGGUACAUCUACUACACGUCGGAGUUUGCAAUGGAAGCGUUUCGGUUGAACGGGAAGGAUAAACACAGCUACUACCUGGAGAAUGAUCGGUUCACCGGGAAGGGAGUGAUUGGGUUGACACUGGAUAUGAACAGCGAAAAGGUGUACUGGAUCGUGAGGAGUAUCAGCAACUCGGAGUUAUUCAGUGCGCAUAUGGCCGGUACGGGUUCGGCAAAAAUCACCUCCCUGGUUACGAGAUUAUCCGAACAGUCGCCUCGUGGUCCUCUGUCGCACUUCAGUGAUCGAUUACUGUGGCUUCAACAGGACGAGGUGGUGGUCGGUGAUUUGCGAGGCGAAAACUUGGCUCACAUCCGGAACCAAAAGCUCAACGGAACGCGGGCUUUCACGAUAGUAGAUCCGGCGCACCACGUCUAUCCGGAGGAUAACCAGAAUGUGAAUGUACUUCCAACGCAGAUCAACGACACCUCGAUCCGCAUUCAGGGAACCUGGAAGAAGUUCAGCAUCGUGUGGGAUCCGGUAACGAACGUCAACUACGGCAAAGUAUUCUAUAAACUUACCAUAAAAGUAAAGGGUAAGAAAGACGAAAUUCACGAACUGUCCAAGCCUUUCCAUCCGUACAACAGCUCGGGAGCCAACUUGCUUCCACCGCAUACGGAAAUCAACAUAACCAUCAAUGCCUUUACCUAUUGGAGAUCGUCGGUGUUCUCCGCUGCCAGACUAUUUAGUCCGUCCGGUAAACCAUCGCAGCCAACGAGGCCUCGAGUAUUUAUCAGACAUAGCCAAGAUCCAAUCGAGGAUACGCAUACCGUAGAGGCUACCUUCCGCUGGUCGACGCCUAAAACUCCGAAUGGACCAAUCAUCGGGUACAAAGUUCACUGCUGGUACGAAGAGGAUGGCAUCAAUAACCAAGUGCUGCAGAAUGAACUGAUAAAUCGUACCGAGCUCAUCGUUCCGAACAUGGUACACAAUGUGAGUUACUUCUUCCGGGUUCAGGCACUCACGAAGGCUCGAGAGGGCGAUAUGACGGCAGUGCUAACCGUGAACACCGCCGAAGAUCACCCAAUUCCGCAGGCGUUGGUUGCUACGGCUGAUCACAUCAUAAAGGUGGAUUUCGAUUCGGGAGAAUCCCAUCAGAUUGUGGGUACUUCAACGCCAGUUAGUUUCAUGGUUCGGUUGGCAAGAGAACGAAAACUAAUUUGGGUGGACGAAAACAAUGAACUGUUUCAGUUUGACGGUUCAGCGAAAACGAAGCUCUACUCGAUCGGGGGCCCUGUGCUGUCACUGUCCGUCGACUGGAUCCGAAGAAUACUGUACUGGUCACAGCAGGAGGUGAUCGGAAGUGCGAUCUACGCUUUCGAUCUGAACCGAUUCGAGGAUGAAGGAGUACACCUGGAGAAGAUCGUUUACAGUGCCAGCAACAUAACGAACCUGGUGGUGGCACCGUUCAACCGGAAGCUUUUCUGGACGGAAAAGGUUCCCGAGGAUGUUAUUUACGUGCACGAUUUCGAUGAGAACCGAACGGAGGAGUUUUUCGAUGAUAGUUUCGAGGAGUGCCCGAAUAGAACGGCGGGAAUUACGGUGUAUCCGUUGUUAGCGUUGCAAACAUCGGUCGACGAGGAGGCGAGGCUGUUCUGGGCCGAGACCGGGUUCCGAAGUGUGGGAUUGAGCAGUAGGGUCUGUAUGAACUUUGGUUUCGAGUACUACCCGAAGAUGAAGAGUGUUGCGAAGGAUAGCGAUCACUUCUAUUGGUUGGAGGAUGAUGAAGCGAUCGUUCGAACGGAUGAAAAGGGUGAAAUCAUAUCGAAAACGGUUGCCGGUGCACGGAUCUUGCUUCCGCUUCAGUUGCAGUACUAUCCGGAAAGACGAUGUUUGAUUCCGUUGCAGAGGAAUCAAAAUUACCAGGCAAAGAUGCUACAGAGAACGGAGAAUUCGCUGACACUGUUGCUACCGAAACCGGAAGUUCAUCCGAACUGUUCGACGGAACCGAGUGGAAUUCGAUACGUCAUCUAUUAUGACGUACUCAACGAAACUGAUUCGAAUGCUACGGAAGAUUGUGAUGCUACUAGCUGCAGCUACGUGACUUCCUAUGAUCGAAGUAAAACCAUUCGAGGUUUGCGACCGUUCACCAAGUAUCGGUUACAGGUACUGCUGAUGAACUACUAUCAGGAACUUCUGUUUGGAGUAGCUAGGGACUCGAUGGAUAGCCCCCAGCUUGGUUCACUGGCGAUAUUCUCGACUGCUGCCGGUGCCCCUUCGAAGCCUCGCAAUGUCAGUGUGCUAGCGAUUAGCCCCACGGAGGCCGUGGUUCAUUGGUCUCCUCCGUUGAUUAAGAACAGUGAUCGUGUGUGGUACGAGAUACAUUGGCAGACGGAGUACAUUCACGAUGGGUCCAAAAAUCGACAGCAGCAGUUGGUUACUGAUUUCAACGAAACUUCAAACAAUCUUUCGAUCAACCUAACUAAACUGCAGCCCAAUCAAGCCUACGCCAUAUGGAUAAUGGCGUAUUCCACCGAGGCGACCUUCAGUGAAAGCGAUCACGUCAAUAUCGUAACCUUCCCGGAACCAGAAGACAUUCACCUGGUUACCAUCUCGUCCGAUGAGCUGGGCGUCAGUUGGAAACCACACCGGAAUAUCACAACGUACAAACUGCAGUACUCGGCCGUGGGUAGUAAAACGUGGACAACUGUCUUUGAAACUGGCGUCAACAGUACGGCCCCGGAGAAGGGUCUGUUUCAAGUAACUGGACUUCAACCGAAGACCCAAUACCGGUUUAUCGUACUGCUGUUCUAUCCGAAUCGCAAAAAUCCGUACGUAUGGCCUCCGGACGCCCGAUUCAUCUACGAAACGGAAGCGGAUCGGCCGAGUGCUCCCGGGCGACCGUUGGUGACACAGAUUCGGCAGGAUGUCUAUAAGGUUUCCUGGGAACCGUCGCGAGAUAACGGAGCCGCAAUUCUAGAGUACGCACUCGAAGCACUGGUGCGAUCACCCCGCAGCACCAAUCGGGUUGAGCGUGCCGCCGUAUCGGCCAGUGUCGAAGAACUGGAAGAAGAUAGUUCGGAGGAAAUGAACAAUACAAUCCCGACUCGAGCCGAUGUCGGUUCCACCGAUAGCCAGGAGUACUUAACCUUUGACGAACAUUGGGAUCUCGUUUACAACGGAACGGACGUCUAUUGGAUCAUCCCGGAGAAGCAGCCUAUCCACAAGCACACCUUCCGAGUGAGGGCACGGAACAGCUGCGGUUGGGGUCCGUUCAGUGGCGAAAGUGAGCCCAUCAGUCAACCGCUACUUUCCGGACAAACCGGAAACUACGUAAUCAUCGCCGUCAUGUUUGUCAUGGCCAUCUUCAUCAUUUUCGUCGUCCUGAUCUUCGUGUGUGCGUGCCGUCGAGCAGAGAUAGAAAAGAAAAUUUUUAUUGAUGCAACCACUACUCGCAUUCCAGAUGUGGAGCUAGCGAACCUCCGCGAGCUGCCCCGGCGUGGCAAUUUCAUUCACAGCAAUAACAUCCUGUACAUUUCGGGGCCGCUCACGGAUUCGGAGAUAGCACUGUUGCCGCAAAUUCGCCGUGAACAGAUUACUAUGACCAGUUCACCCUUCCUGGGUAGCGGUGCGUUCGGCGAGGUUUACGAAGGAAUCGUCAAAGGAGUCGGUGGUGAAGCGGAGACAAGAGUGGCUAUCAAGACCUUACGAAAGGGAGCUACCGAACAGGAGAAGGCCGAGUUCCUCCAAGAGGCACAUCUGAUGAGCAACUUCAAACACAAACACAUUCUGAAGCUGAUCGGUAUCUGUUUGGACUUGGAUUCGCUGUACAUAAUCAUGGAGCUGAUGAGAGGUGGUGACCUGUUGAGUUACCUGCGCUCCAAUCGCCCGUCACCGGGUAAUCCUUCGCCGUUGACGCUACUGGAUCUGAUUACGAUGUGUGUGGAUGUGGCUACGGGCUGUCGCUAUCUGGAAGAGAUGCACUUUGUCCAUCGCGAUUUAGCGUGUCGAAACUGUUUGGUAUCCUCUCCGGAUCCCCGAGAACGAGUCGUCAAAAUUGGCGAUUUCGGUUUGGCGCGAGACAUUUACAACAACGACUACUAUCGAAAGGAAGGUGAAGGAUUGCUUCCGGUGCGAUGGAUGUCUCCGGAAAGUUUGGUGGAUGGAGUGUUUACCUCGCAAUCGGAUAUCUGGGCCUUUGGCGUUCUACUGUGGGAAAUUAUGACACUGGGACAGCAGCCAUAUCCAGCCAGGAAUAACCUGGAGGUUCUGCACUACGUGCGGGACGGUGGUCGGCUCACUCGACCGCAGGAUUGUCCCGAGGAGCUCUAUCAACUGAUGCUUAAAUGUUGGAGCUACUCGCCGGAGGAUCGGCCGACCUUCCGGUACUGCCUGGAAGAACUGAAAUCACUACAGGAGCGAACUAGUGACUCAAUACUAAUCACAUCACAGUUCCCGUGUAAGGUGCAGAAUGGUGCGGUAUUUAACCGAUCCUAUCUGCUUUCCGACAUCAAUCACAACCCGUUCAUGGCAGAUAUUAAAUUCGGAAACAGUGGUAGUGGCGGAGCUUUCAUCAUUACUCCGGCGACUUCCUCCAGCAGCAGCGGAGCUACGGUGAUGACCACAACAAUACCCAAGUAUCUAGAGCUGGUGUACGACGAUAGCAACAGUAACAACAGCAAGUGCUCGACCGGUGAGGAAGUUCCGCUGACGGUGGGUUUGGUGAAUGGUAGUCUAUCGCCGUCAGCUUUAACCGAUAAUGGAUAUGAGAUCCCGAUAAACGAGAUCCUCCAACGGCAGCAGACCGCUAGCUGUAGCAAUAGCAAUAAGGGACGUACAUUUUCCAGCUCGUCGACGGUGAGCAACCUUAGUACAGUGCCGUCGGUUAUGGCAGCGUCUACGAUUGCAUCCGGUUCGGGAGUUUGUCACCAACAACAACAACAACAGCAGCUCCAUCAAGAACGACUAGACGACUGUUCAAGUCUGGAAGCUUUGUUACCGAUGAGUUCGAUUCUCACCGUCAAGCUACCAGAAGAGCUUCCGACAGACUACAACGGGAACAGCGGAACUCCGAUCGCUGAACCGUCGCAGCGGUACGAUGAAAGUGAUAGUAUUAUCAGGGAACAGCUUGCGGUGGUCGACGAAUGUAAGACAAUGAUGUAAGCCGUACUCCGACAGUCGACAAAUGUUAGAAACAUUCCAAAGAAUCAUAGCAGCUAGUUAGUAGUGGUAAGAUGCUCACAAGGCAGUUAACGAACGACUUUCAGUAGGCAGAUAGAUAGAUAGAUAGCUGUAAGUUCUAGGUUCCAAUUGUACAUAGCUAGGUCAAAUUUCCUGCAACAGCAAACCACAAUCAACAAAAGUAAUAGGUUAAGAUGAAAUCCAAAUGUUCCAAAUGUCAGUGUUCUCGUCGCCAAAAAGAAACUAACGCUUCCGUUCGAUCCCUUAGAGUUCGUGUCAUCCGGGAUGAGAGAUGGGUGGCUAAGGGAGCUAUUCGAACAGGAAGCUUUGGUAAAAUUUUCCUACUUAGAUUAUUUGCUAGCAGAGUUUUCCUGUACAUAGCUUGACUUAUAGACCUCUGGUAGAGCUUCGGUUUGAAAUAAUUGUAAAUAGUUUACUGUCAGUGGCUAUCUGUGAAUGUUCGAGUUGGUUUGUGCAACUUACGAAAACCAAAAAUAUGAUCACCCUUAUAUUAAAGGUGACCGACUGAAUCGGAUGAGUGUGUUGAAUAUUUCGAUGGAUGUUUUAAUUUGUUAAAUAUUGUCUUGUAAAAGGCAAAAAAUACUAUUUUUUUACGAGCAAUAAGUUAUUGUUUAUUAGUUUACCGUAUGCAACGUUCAGAUCUGAGUUUGAGAAACGACAGUUGAAAAAAUACACUGAAACCAAGAAGAAAACUAGAGCGAUAAUCAAUCAGUAAAAAUAUAUGUUAGUAUGAUAUAAACAACGUCGAACAAUAAGAA